AUGAACGUCGCCGAACGCGCCGCGGGCCUGGUGAGCUACGCCGGGUCGUUUGCAUGGCCUUCGCUCCUAUCGCUUUCACGUGGUGCAUCCCUCGGCUUGCUUCGGAAAAUCCAGGUGGGAUCGCUGCAAGUGACAGACUCAGAUGGAAGCAUUACAAUUUGUGGGAGUCCACGACGGGCUGGAGAAGUGCUCGACAGCGAAAAGACCGUCUAUUCCACCCCUCAUACUGAAUUGCGCGUGCUGAACGAUCUUUUCUGGGUCCGGCUGGUGCUGUUCGCGGACAUGGGUUUCGCCGAAUCGUACAUGCUUGGAGAAGUUAGCUGUUCAGACCUGACAGCAUUCUUCAAGCUGUUCAUUGCGAACAAGAGCCAUCUCUCCAAUGGCACGACAUUGUCGUCUACGGUGUUGGGAAAGCUUAGCGCAUUGGUCAGGAAGACGAAUACCCUCACGAAUGCACGUCUCAACAUUGCAGCACACUACGAUAUCAGCAAUGACAUGUUUGCUGCUUUCCUCAGCCCGGACAUGACCUACAGUUGCCCAAUCUGGCUACCGAAAUACGAUCCUUUCUCUUCCGAGGAGACCCUCGAGCAGGCCCAAUACCGAAAGUUGAACCGCUUCAUCGACAAUGCCAGGAUCAAGAGUACGGACCACGUUCUUGAAAUUGGGACCGGCUGGGGCAGCUUCGCGAUGCUGGCUGUGGAAAAGACGGGAUGCAGAGUCACCAGCCUUACGCUCUCUUCCGAGCAGAAGAAGUUGGCAGAAGAUCGCAUCAAGGCAGCAGGCUUCGCAGACAAGAUCAAAGUUCUACUUUGUGACUAUCGCAGUCUCCCAAUUCCCAAGGAAGAAAAGAACAAGUACGACAAGGUCGUCUCGAUUGAGAUGUUGGAAGCUGUAGGAAAGGAAUUCCUUGCGACUUACUUCCGCUGUAUCGAUAACCUCCUCAAGUCGGAUGGAGGCGUGGCCGUGUUUCAAUGCAUCACGAUCCCAGAAUCUCGAUAUGUCGGAUAUACCGCCUCGGACGAUUUCAUCCGGCGGUACAUCUUCCCAGGCGGCCAUCUUCCUACGAUCACUCAGCUCCUUGACUCCAUCCGCGAAGGAUCGUCAAACUCGAAGAAAGGUGUGCAGCCGAGACUUAUACCCGAGAGUAUAGAGAACAUUGGACCUCAUUACGCAAAGACGCUGAGGCUGUGKAGACAAAGCUUUAUGCAGACUUUCCAAGAAAAGAUCCGGYCUGCGUUGUUGAACGAGCAUUCGGGGAAGAUGGGAGACGACGAUAUUGAGGUGUUCAAGAGGAAGUGGGAGUACUACUUUGCGUAUUGUGAGGCUGGGUUUGCCACGAAGACGCUGGGAGAUGUCAUUCUGACUGUAGGACGGGAGGGUGCUGUUGAGAUGAUGGAGGAAGUGCCGUUGUGA